CUUGUCACAACCCAGAGCGACAGCGAAGGUGUGGAUGUUACAAAUACGAAAGGUCCUGGAGACAAUUUACAGAGAAGCAAGAAUUCAGAAAAUAAGAAAACUGUACAUAUUAACCAGGAGGAUGAAUACAUCAAUAUUGAGAGUGAUCUGCAUGAAAACAAACGUGACUCAGUAGAUGAUGAGCAACCACACUUGAAAGGGCAAUUAGAAAAGAAAUAUGAUAAAGCUUGUGAAUUUUGCAAGAAACAUAAGACCAGAAUUCACUAUGUGAUCUAUGGAAUUUUAAUAACAGCAUAUUUGGCAGUAGUCAUUGCAGCCUGCAGCUUGAAUUUUCAGAGAGCCUUCCCACUCUUUAUCAUCACUGUCCUAGCCAUCUCCUUCAUCUGCUGGGAUUUUUUAAUAGCUGAGUAUGGAGACAGAAUUGCUACAUUUUUUUCCCCUGGAGUACGAUAUCUGGAGGAACAGUGGUUUUGGCUGAAAUGGGUUUUGUGCGCAGCUUUUAUUAUAGCUGUCAUCUGCUGGCUCAUCUUUGACACAGCAAAACAGGGAUCCCACCAGCUGAUCUCCUUUUGUGGGCUUGCGAUGUAUGUUUUCUUGAUGUUUAUCUUUUCCAAAUAUCCAACCAGAGUUGCUUGGAGACCAGUAUUUUCAGGAAUAGGAAUGCAAUUUAUUCUUGGGCUGCUUAUCCUGAGGACCAAAGUAGGGUUUGAUGUGUUUAACUGGCUAGGCAUUCAGAUCCAGACUUUUCUGGAGUACUCUGACACAGGUGCUAAAUUUGUGUUCGGUGAGACAUACAUGGAUCAUUUCUUUGCUUUUAAGGUCCUGCCUAUUGUGGUUUUCUUCAGCACAGUGAUGUCUAUGCUUUACCACAUUGGAUUCAUGCAGUGGCUUGUUGGAAAGGUUGGUUGGAUAAUGCAGAUUUUCAUGGGGACAACUCCUGUUGAGUCUCUGGUAGCUGCGGGUAACAUAUUUGUGGGACAGACAGAGUCUCCUCUCCUGGUACGGCCCUACUUACCUUACAUCACCAAAUCUGAACUCCAUGCGGUCAUGACAGCAGGAUUCUCAACUAUUGCAGGAAGUGUCUUAGGAGCAUACAUUUCUUUUGGGGUUUCUGCCUCCCACCUACUGACUGCUUCUGUCAUGUCAGCACCAGCAUCAUUAGCCACCUCCAAAUUAUUCUGGCCUGAAACUGAAAAGCCUACACUAACUCUGAGUGGGCUGCGGAUGGCAAAAGGUGAAUCAAAGAAUCUGCUGGAAGCAGCCAGUCAAGGUGCUUCUACCUCCAUCCUGCUGGUAGCAAACAUCGCAGUGAACCUGAUCUCCUUUCUUGCCCUGCUCGCAUUCCUUGACUCAGCCCUCUCUUGGAUGGGCAGUCUGUUUGACUAUCCACAGCUGAACUUUGAGAACAUUUGUGCCUACGUCUUCAUGCCAUUGUCUUUCAUGAUGGGGGUAGACUGGGAAGACAGUUUUGUUGUCGGUGGACUACUAGGUUACAAAACUUUCUUCAAUGAAUUUGUGGCUUAUGAGCGCCUCUCACAACUGAUUCACAACCGAGAAAAGGGUGGGAGCAUGUACAUUAAUGGUGUGAAACAGUACAUGACUGUUCGCUCCGAAGUCAUUGCCACCUAUGCUCUUUGUGGGUUUGCCAACUUCGGCUCUCUGGGACUGGUAAUAGGAGGCCUGACAAGUAUUGCUCCAUCCAAAAAAAAGGAAAUAGCUGGUGGUGCUUUCAGAGCAAUGAUUGCGGGAACUGUGGCCUGUUUCAUGACAGCCUGUGUUGCAGGAAUGCUGACUGUCCCUGGGCUGGAAGUUCCUUGCCACAUUUUGUUAGGAAAUGCCUUCAACUCCACAGAUUUUCCUGCCAACAGCACAGAACUAGUUGAAUGCUGCCAGCAACUCUUCGCCAGUGUAAAUCAAUCUCAAGAGAUCUUCCAUGGAGGAAACUACAGCAUGAGUUCCUGGAGAGGAUGUUGCCACAUACUGGAUCAACCUGCUCUUCACUGCACUUGGAUUAAACCUUAA